CUGCCGCGAAGUCAGACCCCGUCCGGCUUCGGGAGGCGGCCGGAUCCCGGCGCUGGCCCGGGAGGAAGCGAGUCGGUGGCCCUCGGGGCAGGGCAGCGGCCUUUCCUCCCGGGGGAGCGCGGGGACCGCCGAGGGCGGCUGCGCUGCUCCUUCCUGUCCCCCCGGCUCGCGCGACGCGCCCCCGGCGCUCCCGGGCUGCCCCGCCGUCCCGCCCCCGGCGGGUUCAAAAGGACGCGCGGCGCGGGCCGGUCGCGGCACCAGUCCGACUGGUCAGGUGAGCACGCGGAGCCGGGCACCUGGAGCCGCCGCCGCGUCCGCCAGCGCCCGUCGUCCUGCGCCCCGGCCGCCGACGGAGCGCCGCGAGCCGGCUAGUUCGGGUCCGCUUCCCCGUCGCGGUGCUCAUCACUAGGGGCAAUGACUGGCCUCCCACCCACUCCUUCUCCCGGAGAAGAACUGAUGACCACCCCAAUUCUGCAGCCCACUAAGGCUCUAUCCCCAGAAGCUGAAGCCAGCACAGCACUUAUUGCAGUUGUUAUCACCGUGGUCUUCCUCACCCUGAUCUCAGUCGUGACCUUGAUCUUCUUUUACCUGUACAAGAACAAAGGCAGCUACGUCACCUAUGAACCUGCAGAAGGCGAACCCAGCGCCAUCCUCCAAAUGGAGAGUGACUCAGCCAAGGGCAGGGAGAAGGAGGAGUAUUUCAUCUGACAGUUUCCAGGCACCACGAAGGGCAUCCAAUCUUCCGUGCUAACACAGUUUAUUAGGUUAAGAUCUAAUCUGAAAUCAGUGAGCAGCACUGAUUGAUUGAUUAUAGGCGAACCUGGGCUCCUUCCAGGACACAGCCCAAAUGCCACCAUCACUGACACCAGAGGAAGGGACAUGGGGAAAGCUAGCGAUGAUGUCUCUCACCGGGCCUUUGUAAUGCAGCUGGUGGCCCAACAAAGUGGAGACAUGCCGGCUACAUUUAAGUAUGUGCUGCUUACAUAUCAGAGGCAGAGAGGGCCACUGGCUGCUCCUCUGUCCCCUGCCUUGUCACCUAAUGAUAACCCCAGCGGAUAGUGUCCGAAGUUCUUCCCGAAGACUGGAUACUGCAGUGAAAGGCUCAGCCAGGAGGGCAGGAUGGUCUCCAAGACUGUGGAGGACUUGCCUCCAGAUGCAGGUGCUCCGUUCCUUCAUCUGAGCCUUUCCUUCCUGUAUUCCCUCACAGCCUCAAUCAUGUUAUUUUUUAUCAAAAUUAAAUUUUUAAUUGAUAUAGAAAGCAGACUUUAUGUACAAAACUUAAUAACCUUUAUCAUUGCAAGUUGCUUUUUGACAUUUUCCUUCUGAAAUGAAGACCUUUGUAAAUGCUCUCUACUGCAAAGCUUGAUCCACAGGUCUCUGGAAAUAUACCUGGGAGCAAGGCUUCAGCCUCCAUCCUGGCAAGGCCAGAAUUCUGUAUUCCUUUAGCACCACCCGGCAAGUACAAAUGGUGCUCAGGGGCCACAUGGGUGACACCCAACAGUGGAAGGGAUGUCGUACCUUUAGUCCAGCCCUAGGCUUCAUGGA